AUGGCAGGUCACCGUGGGACAAUGGGGCUUCUUCCUGUUGUCCUCCUUUUCCUCCAGAUGAGGCAGACAGUCAUACCAAAGUUCUGCAGAAUAAACAACGGGGACUGUGAGCAGUUCUGCAGCGUCCGAAGAGAUGGGCAGAAGGAUGUGGUGUGCUCCUGUGCAGAUGGGUAUGUUCUAGCAGAGGAUGGCAAACACUGUGUUGCAACAGUAAAAUACCCUUGUGGAAAAGUUUCUGUCGUGAGGAAGAAAAGGUCUUUUCUUUUACCCACUGACCACAGCAAUGUAACAAGUGAUGAAGCAGACCCUCCUCCAUACGAAAUGACCACAGAGGAGAACUUUGUAAUUACCACAGAAAGCCCAACACCUCCACCUGACAACAGAACAAGCAGCAAGAAUCCAUAUGUCAAUACCAGGAUAGUUGGUGGGGAUGAGUGUCUUCCUGGCCAAUGCCCAUGGCAGGCUGUUCUGUUAAACGAGGAAGGAGAAGAGUUUUGUGGUGGAACUAUUCUGAAUGAAAAUUUUAUACUUACUGCAGCUCAUUGCAUAAACCAAUCCAAAGAAAUCAAAGUUGUUGUUGGUGAAGUGGACAGAGAGAAGAAGGAGCAGUCUGAAUCAAUGCACACUGUGGAUAAAAUCAUUGUUCACUCCAAAUUUGAUGCUGAGACUUAUGAUAAUGACAUUGCCUUACUAAAGCUGAAGGAACCUAUCACGUUUUCACAGUACAUCAUCCCAGCAUGUCUCCCCAAAGUAGACUUUGCUAAUGAAGUUCUGAUGAAGCAGAAAUCUGGAAGGGUUAGUGGCUUUGGGCGGGAAUAUGAUGGUGGACAACUCCCAAAGAAACUGAAGGUGCUUGAACUCCCCUAUGUUAAUAAGAGCACUUGUGAGCAAUCCACUUACUUUGUGGUAACUGAGAACAUGUUCUGUGCUGGUUAUGACACAGAGCAAAAGGAUGCUUGCCAGGGAGACAGUGGUGGCCCCCAUGUGACCAGAUACAAGGAUACUUAUUUUGUUACUGGAAUUGUUAGCUGGGGUGAAGGAUGUGCAAGGAAAGGCAAAUAUGGGGUCUAUACCAAACUCUCCCGGUUCCUGCGCUGGGUAAGGACAGUCAUGAGUUUGUAGUGGUGCUGUGUCCCUUGAUCCUCCUUGUUACCUGCCAAGGUGUAGGAUUGGAAAUGGAAACUUUCUUUUCCUGCAUAUCUGCUAAGUUGGUUAUGAGAUCUCUUUAAAGUUAUGGUCUGCUUCCAUUUGUAUUAUUCCUGGCUUUAAAGCACAACUCUGAGGACUGUGGGGGUCUUUGGAAUUGGUUGAAUGAGGGAAUUUCCCCAAGCAAAAAGGCUGCUGAGUGGGGUCUUUGGCUUCUUUUAAUUACUUAACAAUGGCCAUUGUGGUUCCUAUCAGUUGUCACGAGUGCUCCUACCAGAGGCUUCUAAAUAUGUUCUGAAGAGUCACUAGUCAUGAUGAAAGCAGGAAAGAUGGGAGUCACUAAAUCCUCAUAUUGCAGCCAUCUGGCUCAGCAGGGAGUUUAUCCUCACUGGAGUUGUUUAGCUUCUACCUUCAGAUGUGUUCAGAAGAUGAAGGGAUCAG